AGAGCAGAUUACACAUUACAGAGAGAGAGAGGGGUAGAGAGAGAGAGAGAGAGAGAGAGGAAAGCACGCAAAAGCAGAGGGAGAGACGGAGAGAAAAUUUCAACAGAUUUCAGUUUCAUUUUGUGAAUCUCAGAGAGUGGGAACGAGGAAAUGGAGAGGAACAGAGAUUUCCGGAGAGCGACUGUUUCCAGCGUCAAUGGUUUGCCGAGGAGGCGGCAGAGAAUCACUACGCUCAGAGAUUCAGCUGACGAAGAUAGGCAGAUGGAAUCGAAGGAUAGCGUGAGGUUGAGAGAUCGAGAGCGGUUGCUGAAGAAGGAGCGAGAUCGAGAGUUUCCGAAGAGAAGGCGAGUGGAUAGGUCUGCGGCGGAGCAGAGCGGUGGCGGCGGCGGCGGCGACAGCUACAGAGAAUCCGAGAUUACCGACACCAGUGACGAAGAGUACUAUGAGGAGGAAGAGGAGCUAAAAAAUUAUCACCAUAAAGGAACGAACCAAUUGUCGCCAUCGUCUUCCUCCUUGUCGAACAACCGGCGAGGCUUCCGCACUCUCAGGUCGUCUCCGGUGUACAGAUUCCCUUCCGAUGAAAUAUUUGGCGUUCCUAUACCUCGAAGAACUCGCUCUGUUUCAGCGAAGAGGCUGCAAAAGCGCUGGAUCUCAGAGAGCUUGGGAUUUGGUGAGGACUCGAACAACCGGAGAUUUUCUCCGGUGAGUCCGAUAGGUUGCGGCGGCGGUUCUCCGUCCUCUUCCAGUGAUUCAAUGAAGAAGAAGAUGAAAUCCGUAGCGCCGAGAAUUCGGGUUUUAGGUAUUGCAUCCAAUUCAAAGCCAUCGGUAAUCCAAGACGACAUCGAGAUCGAGGUAGCUGAAGCACUAUUUGAUCUGAUGAAGCAAUCACACUCACAAUCUCAAUCUCAAUCUUCCAAGAUUCACGAAAAGGCUGACAGAGAUAGCAUGGAUACAGCUGAUUGCGAUUUACAGAGGUUAAAAUCCAUGGCAGAUCAGAACGAUUCCAUUUCAAUUCAGAACGAGAAACCAGGAGGAGAAGAGAGUGCUGAAACAAUUGCAGUUGACGCAACGAAAGAUCUGAAUAAAGAAGGAAGGGCUGAAAAGGAGAAAAUUUCGGAUGAAGCAGGAGAUGAUGGGUUUGUGAAUAAAGGAACACUGGGGUCGCAAAAAGAAAGCAAAUCGCUAUCAUGUGUUAAAGUAAAUGGUGCUUGUGAUAUUAAGGAUCCGACAGUGACAAAAGCGGAACAUGGAGGAACUGUGUUUGGGGGUAACAGAGUGGCCAAGCUAGAAAUUGAUUUGAUGGCUUCUCCGCCGCCGCCGUCGUCGCCGGAGCGAGAUCCCCUGGUUGCACCCGAGACUGGCCCUAAAAAGAAGACUGCAGAAAUUCUUCCAGAGGACGGCCCUAUGUCUGUUGCAAAUCAUCGUGAUUUCGAGAAGCAGAAAAAUCAAGCAUCUUCCCUGUUUACUUCUCCAAUCGGCACAACUAACUGGCCUGGUGUUCUUCCACAUCCAGGCAAUGUGCCAUCCUUACCAACUGGUUUGCCGAUAGACGGAAGCGCCAGAUCCUUGAUACUUAGGCCCCCUCAAUUUAAGCUCUCACUGCCUCCGCCGAAGAGAUGCGCGACGCAUCAAUACAUUGCCCGCAACAUCGACCAUCAUCAACAACUCAUCAAGAACUCACUCUCAUCCGAGCCGACACCAGCAGAGUCUUUGAACACAAAAUUGAUGCUUCCGCCAGCUCAAAUAUUGUCCGGAAAUGGAAAAGAUAAAAGCCCCUGUGGUGUAUCUUUCAAUGCUGCAAAUGCUAAGCCUGUGGUUCUUCAACAACAGGCUGCUUCUUCUACCUCCACUCAAGCCCCAGCCAAAAAUCCAUCGCAGCAGCCCUUCUCCGGCUUCACGUUUCCUUUGGGAUAUCACAACGCCACCGCCGCCUCAAUGAUGGCGCCAGCAAGCUCUUCUGGACCACCUCCUCAGUCACUAUCAGCAGCUGGCAGUUCAUCAUCAUCAUCUUUGACCUGUAAUUCAGCUGGAGGAAAGGGAUCGGCGAAUUUGUCGUCGUUUCCUGCUGUCGGUUUCAACCACCCAAUCUUCUCCUCCAAUGGAACUGCUCCUCCUCCUCCUCCAUACAUGACAAUCCUGCACAACAAUGGCGGCCCAAUCCCUAUGCCUUCUUUCAAAGGAGGCUCCUCUACCAUGCCCUUCCUCAACUCCUCCCUCUACUCGUCGUAUCAGCUUCAGCCGCCAUCGUCAUCUUCCCGGAACGACAACAAGAAUCCUCCUCCUUCAGUAGGCGGCGUUCAGGUCCUCUGGCCAUCCUUAUCGUCAGGCUCCAAGCCCGAAUUGGAAAGUGGCGGCAGUAGCAAAGGGAACCAUAUUGGUAACGGCUCGUCGUUUCCUGUCCAGCCGAUGAACUUCGCCGUGAUCCCUCCUCUGUCUGUCGGCAGCAGCGGCGGAGUCGAUAACAAGAUCGGAGACCAUUCUCAUUCCCAUUCUCAACAAGGCGCAAAGGGCGCGGCGUUUGGAUUGUCGUUUAGCGCAAAUCCUUUGGCGGAUCCGGCAGCUAACUACUCCACAAUGCUGCAAACCCCGGCCUUCUUCCAGAUGCUAAACAGUAGUCAGAUGCCGAAGAGUUUCCAGUCGCCGGCAGCCGAAGAGGCGAAGUUCACAAGCAACGGUGAUCAUCAUCAGCCGUUCAACUUCUCAAAAUCGGAUACUUCCAACGUGCUGGCCGCUGCUUCCAAAUUCGAUGGCGGUUUAUCAAGAAGUGUCUCCUACGGCCCUCCAACAAUUCCGAAUUUCCAGCAGCUGCAUCAUCAACAGCAAUUGAAUCAGUUACAGCAGCAUCAUGCUCAUCAAAUGCAGCAGCAGCAGUUUUCAGCUCAGGUCAAGGCCUCGUCCGGCUCGGGAUCUUAUUUCGGCGCCGGUUUUGGGAGUAACAGCCCGGUUUUCGCUCAGCUUCCGGAUGUUUCAUCGUUACAAUCGAAAUGGAUGAACUAUCCAAGAUCAGUAAUGCCUACUCUGGAAGGAUCAUCCCAACUGAAAACCUCUCAAGGCAAGUCGUCGUCGACAACUACGAUGAUGAUGAAUCCGACUCCGAUAACAUUUGAAAAUGGCUCUGCUACAUUACAAGGACAGAAUAUUACUCCGAUGAAAGGUCAUCGCCACCAGCCGGAAUCCUCGCCGUCGUCGUCGUCUUCUUCGAUGUCGAAGAAUGGCAGCUUAAAAGGUGCUGGUAUUAUUGCACCAUCAUCAUCAUCAUCCUCAACACCACCACAGGAGUCAUCUGCUACUGCUACACCAGCUUGUAGAAGGAACAUACCAUCAAUUCUAAGUACGUGUCCUCCCCAACUCUCCGAACUCAAGUAUUGAAUUCUGUAUUGGUAGAGAGUGAGGAGGCAAUGCAAUGGUGCAUAGAUAUAUAUAUAUAUAUAUAUAUCAGAGGAGGAUUCAUUUCAAGUGUUGUGCCCAGAAGAAUAAUGAAUGCAGGUGGGGAAAGGGACAUGAACAGGAGCAUGAAGGUGGAUGGGAAUUGAAUGAAGAAGAAGAAGAAGAAGAAGAGGAUUUUUAGCAUUUGAGGUUAGCAGCAACUUCUUUCUAAGUUUUGGAAUUAUUACUUGUGAGGUUUUAGAUGAUAUGGGGUAGGAGAUAUUCCUACCUAUCUAUGAGUUAUACCCCUACCCCUACCCCUACCCUUACCCAUACCCCUACUACCCUACCCUACCUAAUCUGAGUGGUUGGCUAUAAAUGCGACACAGUUGUGUUGGCGUGCAUAGACACACAAACACACAUAGACACAGACUUCACUAAUCUGUUAUAGAAUUCUCUAUUCUAUUCCAUUCUAUUCUUUCAUUAUCA